AUGUACUCAAUACCACCGGUACCGCCGCCCAAGUCGGGCAGCAGCCACGAGGCAAGUCGGAUUGGCACACCCAUCGCCGGUUUAUCGCAGACACAGUCGCCACGCCCGGCGCCGGUGCCCAACUCGGCUGCAGAUUCGACACUCCCCGAAGCCGCUUCCAGUUUACAAGUCGCCCGGCCCGAGCCAAUAGAAGACCCAGGGGACCAAUGGUUACCCAAGUUUCUCGAGGAUAAAUCAAAACAAGACCUGGCCGACAUACUCUCCAGCCCAUCACUCCUGUCCGCCCUGACGCACUCGCCCUGGACGGCGCACCCAUCACUCUCGGCGUCGCACGCCGCGCUGCAGUCGACGCUGGCCGACAACGUGUCGCUGGCGCAGCACCUGUCGAGCACCGAGGCGCAGCUCUCGGCCCAGCGCGCAUCGGCCCAGGCCCAGUUGCUGUCGACGCACGCCCUCGAGCGGCAGUGGCACGCCAAGCAGCGCGAGGCCGACGCCGCCUUGGCUCCCUUUGCCCCGGACGGUUUGUAUCUGCGCCUGGCCCAGGCCGUGCAGGAGCAAGGGGCCGUGUGCGACGCCCUCGAGGAGAGUUUUCUCGAGGGCGAAGGAGGAGGAGGAAGGGGAGGUGUUGGUGGUGGUGGUGGCGGCGGCGGCGGUGGGGCCGAGGAUGGGGAUUUUGUUACCGAGAGGGAGGCUCUUGACUGGGUUAGGCGGUAUAGGGAGGCUAGGAAGCGCUUGUACCUGAGGCAGGAGAAGAAGGAACGGUGGGAUGAGGGGAGGGUUGGUGGAUGGAGGUGA